UUCAGUUUCAGCUGAAUCUUGGCACGUACUUAAUUGAAUGUUCAUCAAAGAAGAAAAUGGAGAAUCUUUGAGAUUUAUUGGAGGGUCAUUAAAGAGCCAGGCUGCAGUGGUCAGCAAGCAGACCCACCUCACUGAGUUGACACGUGAAGACCUGACAGAUACCUCGGUAGAGAACGAUGCUAUCCAGCAGUCAAACCAAGGGUUAGAUGUGGAUGCCGUUUUGACAACAAACUCAACAACAACCCACCCAAGCUGUGAACCACCAAUCUGUGCAAUGAUGAAGAAGUUGGCUGAUCUGGAAGAAAGGCUUGCAGCUACUGUGAGCAGCCUGGAGGAAAAGCUGGAGGCCAGUGAGAGAAAGCUGUCAGCACUUAACACCAUGGUGACUGAACGUACAGGACAGCCUCAAGUUGCAUUUUCAGCUGCAUUACCAACAGAUAGCACCAUUGGUCCUGCAAAUGUUCUGUACCCUCUGGUGUACAGACAUGUUCUGUCCAACAUUGGAGGACAUUACAGCCCAGGCACAGGUUAUUUUACAGCACCAGUGCGAGGAAUCUAUUAUUUCACCUUCACUUCUUUCUGCUGGGAAGGAAGGACUGCAAGCUGUGGUGGCAGUUUGUACAGUAAUGAAAACCGAAUAGUGUCAUGGUAUGAUAAUGGUCAAAAUCACCCAUCCUCUGGAUCUAACAGCGCUAUCUUGCAGCUUCAAGUUGGAGACUAUGUCAAUGUUCGUCUUUGGCAUAAUCGGGUGAUCAGUGAUAAUGGAAAUAAAUACUCAACAUUCAGUGGAUUUUUGCUUUUCACUGUGUGAAGUGUAUGAAAAUAUUUUAUAUUCAAACAGUU